AUGUAUACAUUAACAUGUUGUUAUUUUCAAAACUAUACGUAUCCAGAUCAUACAGUUAAUAAUGAUUAUGCAUACACAGUUGCUGUGCUCAAGAUGAAAAGUCAUGUAGAUACAAUUUGGAAUGAUUGGAUUGGUCCAUGCAAUCGUUGUCAAUGUUUGUCUAAUAUUGACAUCGUUGAUGAAAUUAAAAGUUCAGAUGUUUCACGUGAAUGCCGGUAA